GAGGAGGGAAGAGGUGAUGGCGGGCGGGCCAUGUGCGACUCAAGGAAGGAGGAGGAGGAGGUGGUACAGGUUCUUCAGGCUCCGCUACUCUUGUCUCUCUCUCCUGGCCCUCGUGGACCCCCACGGCUGUUGUGGUAGUGAACCUUGAGCACCAGCUCGGCCACAGGUCAGCCGAGGAAGCAAGAGUUGCAGUAAUUUCGUAACCUAGUUCAGAAAUAAAUUACUGUAAUAAUGGCGUGUGAAUUGGAUGUUAAUGACACGUUAACGAUGGGCGAGAGGUCAAAAUCCAAGAAAAAGAAAUGCAAGAACCGCAAGAAUAAAAGACAUGAUACAGAAGAAGAUACAGAGACAGUGGCAGAAAAUAUUGUCUAUGAUAAAAGUAAAAAAAAGAGAAAAUUGGAAUGUACGGGCAUAAAUAAUGAUGUGGAAAGUGAAGAUGUUGUGCUUGAUAAACAGGGAUCAAGUAAAAAGAAGAAAAAGAAAAAGAAGUCUAAAAGUACAGAAGGAAAAGAGAGAGGGAGCAAAGAGGUGUUAGACAAUGGUGAGGUGGAAGAUGUAGCAGAAAGUGUAGACAGCGGGUGCAUUGUAGACAGCAAUUCUGAUAUUAUAUCAAAUUUGUCUGAUUGGCCACAAGUUCAGAGUGCUUUACUGGAAGAAAAUAAGUUUAUAACUAAUUUUUUAACAUGGCUCCCUGCUAAGAAAGUUUCCUUUGAAGAGAGUGCAGGUACGAGUAAUAAAAGGCAGAAAGAGGAGGAAUCUUCAAGGCAAAACCAAAUUAAAGGUGGUGUAGGGUUUUCAGACCUUGAUGAACUCCAGGAGAAAUAUUCAAGUACAUUGGCAAAUUUAAAAAGUACUAGGAAAAAGAAAUUGUGGGACCCUGCAACACGAAGAAAAGAAGCAAAAUUGAACAAAAAACUCAACAGAUUAAAGAAACGUAAAACUAAGAGACUUCAAAAGAAUACCAAACUGGAAAAAUUACAAUUUGAAGCGGAGGUCAAAGAAAAUGGUUAUAAUCAGGACUCAAAGCCCAAAAAACCAAUCUACAAUAAGAAAGGACAGCUAGUGUUUAGCAAAUUUGACUUUUCAAAUGAUUCCACUACUGGAGAUAUUGACACUAACUUGAAGCCUAAAGACCUGAAGCAGUUGCUGUCACAGGCUCUCAAGGAGAAAGAAAAGGUUAAAAGGAUGGAGCAGAAAGGUGAAACAGAAAAGGCUGCCGGAGUAAUUGAACAGAAAGCAUGGUCAGGUGCACUGCAGAAAGCAGAAGGAUUAAAAGUACGAAAUGAUGUAGAUUUAAUUAAGAAGUCCAUCAAGAAGAAAGAAUCAAGCAAGAAAACCAGUCAGAAAAAUUGGGAAGAGCGCAAACAAACCAUAGAAAAGAAAAAGGAAGAAAAGCAGAAUGCAAGAAAAAAGAACAUUAAAGCACGAAAAGAAACCAAACUAAAUAAGAAGAUGAAGAAAAUGAAAAAGAAAGGUCAUAUAGUUCCUGGAUUUUAAGUGCUAUUUUUUCAAUUGAUUUUAUUGUUAUAGGUCAAUAUUUUGUGGUAAGUGGAUGUGUUAUACAUUUAAGUGAAUUAAAUUUGAUAGAAAUUGCAUCAGUUGAGACGUAAAGCUUGCUGAAAUGAUAUUCCAAACUUUCAUACACGAGCACAACAAAGUGUCAUGAAAUGAUUGUUGACAAUAAAUAUUUUAUCUUAAAAACUCUUUAUUUUGUAACUGUUAAAUAUUGUAUUGGACUUGUAAAUUUGAGAAGUUUUUUUUUUUUUCGUAAAUUGCUAUUUUCAGUUAGUAUGAGUAAAAUAUAUGUUUACAGUUUUGCUAGCUGAUAUUUUUGUAUAUAAAUUUUUGACUGGAGUGUAAACAAAUCAUGUCACUGAGCACCGAGAAGUAAAUAAUUUCAGAAUUAAGACCAGAUUAUAGUUUAAUUUGCCAUUUGUUUUUAUGGCCUUUAUUUGGGUAAUGUCUUCCUCGUGUUGAUCUUUUAAAAUUUUCAAAAGUGUAUCAAGAGAAUUGAUGUUGAACUUUUAUAUAUUUUAAGUCUGUUUGUAUUUUUAGCUUACAAGGUCAAAGUGGAUGAUGGGCAAAUGCUGCUUGUAGUUUAUUGUGCAAAGCAUGGCUGAUAACUAUUGUGUAUGCCAAUAUCUACAUCAUAUGGGAUUAAUAAAAUUACUACUGUAAUAGUUCUA